CAAUCUUCACAACACAAACACCUCAGAGUUUCCUUUCCUCUUUUAAUUUAAUUUAACCAAAAAUAGUUUUAACUUUGUCAAUAUGGCGCCGACAGCUAAAACGACGGCGUUUGAAACUAACGGCGGUGACGGCGGAAACAAAGAAAACCGUUACAGAGGAGUGAGAAAGAGGCCGUGGGGUCGUUACGCCGCCGAGAUCAGAGAUCCGACCAAGAAAACCCGAGUCUGGCUCGGUACUUUCGACACUCCCGAAGCAGCGGCUCGUGCCUACGACAAAGCCGCUUUUCAGUUCCGUGGCGCUAAAGCCAAAACCAACUUCCAUCUCCCUUUCUUCGUCGCCGAAAACGAGAGCCCUAGCCAGAGCAGCACCGUCGAGUCACCUUCCUCGCUACCUGAUCUCAAUCUCGGAUCCAUCUCAUCCGUUGAUUCAAGAUUCCCUUUCCCAAAGAUUCAGGUUAAGUCUGGAAUGAUCGUGUUCGAUGAAGAAUCGGGGAGGAGUGAGUCGGACUCGUCGUCUGUGGUGGUGGAUCUAAGUUCAGAGAAACGACCACGAGUGUUCUUGGAUUUGGAUCUUAAUCUCCCUCCCAAGCCUGAGAAUUAGUUCUUGAAUUUAACUGUUAUGAAUAAAGUAUUUGAUAAAACUUAGAUGAAGCUUCUUAUUAAGUUGGUGCCUUUUUUUUUGGUCAGCAGAAAGUUAAAAAUAAUUUUUAGUGUUUGAGAACGGUUUGUUCUCAUCACCUGUUGUUUAUCAGUUUAAUUGUAAUUUUUCUUUUUUAAUUUUCUGAUCAACAAAAAUAAUAAGUUUGUUUUGGCAUCAA